AUGCCAUUGGAACUUAGCCCCGCAACCAAUUGCCGUGAACAUGAGGUCUGCAUAAAGCUGCAUCUGAAGGAUAAGCUAGACCGUCCGCUGGUGACGUGGCGAUUGGCGAGCAGGGAACUCAAGCUGAGUAUUAAGAUCUAUUUUCUGUUAGUUAAUACAUAUAUGAAGAAACAGAACCCACGGAAAUCUGCUAUGUUCAGGAGAGAAGGGAAUGUGAAGCGUUCAUCACGCCCGAUCCCAAUCCAGCAGCACUAUGAUAUCACAGUCAGCGCAGCAGAUCGUGGAGCGUUAGACUCAAAAUAG